UGGGAGCCUAACUUUCAGGAAUAACAGGACAGCUCUAUUGGUGCACAGUACUGACCUGCAAGCUGCCAACGAGAUGAAUCUGAUCAAGUUUAUAGGCGCGAUCGUUACCAGAGGUUUAUUUAUCUGCGUCUCUCUGGUCGGAGUGUGGAGGGUGACAUGGGUGAAGAAAGACCAGACUUACUGGUUGUUGACUUUCCUCUAUUUGCCGCUUGUCAUUGAAAUGAUAAUUACACUGAAGAGGCGAAAGGGAAAAGAUUACAAAUGGUUUUCUCCACCAAUCUUUAUGUUUCUCAUCAGUAUCAUUCCCUCCAUCUGGCUCCUUGAGCUCCACCACCAGGAAAACAGAGACGACACUGAGGUAGUCCAUUGCAAAAAGCUUGACUCUUGGAAGGGUUUACUCGGUGUUUUCUCUGGGAACGAGACCCAUGGAAACCUCACGCACCAGGACAUCCGAAAGAGUUUAUCAAUGAUAAAUGACAGUUUAUCAGCUGUUUGCUCCAAUGACUGGAUCCUAGCUCUUCAUCAGAUCCUGCUCAUCCUCCUCAUCGUAGGGAAGUGGAUCCUCCCCCUGGGAGGCGGAGUCACAAGAGAUGAGCUCUCUCAGCUUCUCCUGAUUUUUGUUGGCACAGCAGCAGACAUCCUUGAAUUUACCAGUGAGACAAUGUCAGAUCUCAAAGGGAAUAGUCCUUACAUGGUCUACAUCAUCUUAGGUGUAUGGACCUGGAGCAUGUUGCAGUUCCCCCUACAUCUAGCCGUGGUGAACAACAAGUCAGACAGUCAAGGUGAGGAGGGUGACCAGGACGUGUCCCUCUGCACUAAAUACAGCACAGACAUAUGGCAUAUUGUGGAGGCCUUGUUUAUCCAUGAUGGGCCUUUCCUGGUGGUCAGGCUUACCGUCAUGACGUACUUCAGCGUUUUCCACCAGAUGCUUGGUUUCUUCGCCAUCAAGAACUUUCUGGUGGUCAUACUGCACUUGUACCGGUUGGCCAUCAUAUGCAUGGACUUCAGAGAAUCCAGGGAUGGCACCAAUGUACGCAGUGCUGUCCCAUGAGAUGAGUAAGACAUGUCAGCUCCAGAGAAUCAGGGAAAUGGAGAGUUGUAAUAGCCAAAGUUUUCUUCUCACAGUGUACUUAAACUCUGUGGGAUCAAUUAGUUGUGACUAAUUAUUGAUGUGGUGAGCGGAAAUCUGUGAGCAGCCAUUUUCUUACACUUGCAAAGAGGUGUGCCAAGUUCACAUUCCAUAAUUGACUGCCGAGCAUCCAAUCCAUUUCAAAGCUCAUUGCAAAAAAAAAAAAAGUGGCCUAAAUGUUCAUCAGAUGUUAGCACAUGAACUCUAAUUAACCAGCAGGAAGGGUGUAUUUAAGGAGUUUGUAUAAAUGUUUACAGUCUUAAAAGGACAUUAAACCACUAAUUUAGGCUAUCACAUAAAUAGAUUUGGACAAACUAUCAUGUAAAAAUUAUGAUUGAACUUGACUGAUAAGGCCCACCAAGAAGAUAUCUAUCUUAUUACUUGGAAUAUAGAAAAUAAUGUAAACCCACCUCUAAAGAACAAGGAAACAAACAAUAGGGUUUCAACCCAGAAAGAAAGGAAAUGACUAUCAUAGUACGAUUAGAAACAAAAACUUUGUUCUCUGAAAGACCACCACUAUAAUGAUCUCAAUUAUUCAUAAAACAAUCUUUAAUUAUGUACAAAUGAACAUUGGGAUUCUUAGUAAUGAUACUUAGAUUUGUAUAUUCACCAUAAAAAUCUUUCACAAUCCUUCACACGGGAAAAGUAUUUGUUUGGCCGGUGUGCACCACAUAACAUUGUUCUUGUAUCCAGUUCGGUUUAUACAUCUGAUUUCAAUUAGGCCAAUUGUAAUUGUUCUUUCAUGUCAGCUGAUAUCAGCCGUGUUUCAUCCUGUCGAAAGAUGAGGACAGUGGAACCAGCUGAUUAUUCAUUUGAGCUAAAUGUUUGCCAGAUGUUUGUCAGAACAUAUUUUCCAAAGGUAUUUCCAUUUCCUAUUGAGCGCAUUUACUUUUUGCUAAAUUGAGUAAAUUUUUAGAAUGUUGCAGUUUCCAUCAACGUUUUCUACUUAUGUGCAUAAAAAACAUGUUGAUGGAAAUGCAGCUAUUAACAUUUCAGUCCAUCUGGGGGUGACCUCAGUCAGCUCAGUUAAAACACCACAGAAUGUAUUCAGUGGCCUACUCAAAGCCUACUCAACUCAUUUACAAAGUGGCCUUACUGUUCAGCUUAAAAAAUGCAGUUGAUUUGACUAAAUAACUGAUGUGACAGUACAAUCAGCAGACAGGGGACACAGAGGAAAAGGCAUGACGAUGAUGCAAAUUACUAAGCCUGUCAGCAGAAUAAAACUAAUGAAAACAUCCCACAAGCAUAACCUUGGCCUUUUCAACACAGUACCCACAGUAUCUGCAGCCAGGCUACUGCUCGGAUAAGGAUUGGAAGAGUUUCUAACAGUGUGCUGCCGCAGGUCUUGUUUAGCGGAAGUGAGGACGGGAGGACGGGAAGAGCAGAAAUCAGGGAGUGAUACUAGAUGACACAAAAUGUUGACAGAAGCUGAGAUCAAGGAAGAACGAUUUCCCUGUUUUAUCCCAGGCAGGAAGUUGGAAUAGACUGUGUAAAUAUCCUGGUGGUUGGCUGUCGGAUUGAAUUUCUUAUGUCGUAAAUUCUGUUGUUUCUGACGUUUGAAUGCGCAAGAAAGGCAGGAGAGUUUGAAAUAAGACCUUUACUAAACUUUGAUUUAUGAUGUUUUGUACCUCUGCGAUAACCAACUUACAAAAGGAAAAGCAUAAAAUAAGAUCAUUGUAUUUGUUAUCUCAAGGUUUUUCUAUACUUAGGCUACUGUCACUGUUGACUGGACUUUCAUUAAUUUAUGUUGACAUUCCAGAAAUGUGUGUUAAAAAAAAAAAAAAAAAAAGACACAAAACGGCAGUCAGAAAAUCAACUCAGUUUGACUUGUGGGUGGUACUGGCACACUGCUACCACUGUUCCCAGUUCUGGUUUAAUUCAAUGGAAGGAAAUGUUUUCAUGGUCAUGCAGCAUUAAAUAAGAAGAAUUUAGUAGUGUGUGGUGUGGACUUUUUGUUACCCAGUUCCUGUAAAAAUAUAUGUUACCACUCAUGAUUGCACACUUUUUAAAAUCAGGACUUACUGUAGGCUUUAUAACAGCAAAAAAAAAAAUUAAAAAAAAAGUAAAAAUAAAAAAUCAGUACUACAACCCCUGACUUUAUGUGAAAAUGUUUACAAGACGACGUCAGCUCAGACGACUCAACAAACUGCAUUUAAAAUCUUCAAGAGACAAAAAGUCACAUUUGACUCACAUUUUGUCAAGUUAUGUGUAAAUAAAUACCUCAAUGUCUGCAAAAUGGCAUUACAUUCAGACCUGUAUUUGAUGUUUUAUCAUAAUCCUAUGAUUUUUAUGUUACUGUGACUUAGCUUUACUGAAUAUCACUCCCUAAAUAAAAUAAUCCAUUGUCAAUGUCUUGAUACUUAUUGCCCUUUUUUUUUUUUAGUAUUUGAAAUGUUAGUUUUUUCUCAAGAAUUAGUUUCAAGAGGGAUAUCAAUACUAGUAUCAGUACAACAUAUUUUA